UCCUACUCUGAACCAACUGUCGCUGUAAAAAUUAAGAUUUCUACGUGAUUAUUUUGUGAUAGUCAACCUCCCUCCUUAACUCCGGUAACCGUGAUUACCGCCCUUGCCGCUCGGGGCGAGAAUCACGCCGAGCCGUCAUUGAACGGGCCUACGCCGCGUCCGAGGGGCAUCCGCACUCGCGCGCCCCGGACGUGACACAGACACAUUGGAAAAACGUAUACGUACUAUAAUGGAAAGUAAUAAAAUAAAAUCAAAAAGAAAUACUACAUAUUGUUUUAUGGCGCAAUGUCAUAACUAUAAGAAACAGGGGAUUAGUUUCCAUCACUUUCCAAAAGAUAAGAAGCUCAAGAAACAAUGGGAAAUUGCUUUAAAAAUGGGAAAAUGUUAUCCGCAAGCAUGCGUGUCUGUUCUGAACAUUUUUUAUCAGAAGAUUUCUUUUUUCAAGGUAAUAAGAAACGACAUUAUUUGAAGUCAAAUGUUGUUCCCUCGCAGAAACUUCCAAUUAGAUCACAUGAUGCACAAGAGACAUCUCCUCAAAAGCAAAAAAGAAAAGCUAGAGAACAACGUCUUUAUUACAGAAAACAAAAUCAAGACAAAUUUCUCAGCUUGACUGAUACAAAUAAUGAUAAAGAUACAAUUGAAAAUCAUAUAGUACAAUCAGAAAACAGCAAUUAUGGUAAUACUUAUUUCGUCGAUCGUACUGAAAAGGUUGAAGAGGUUCCAAAAAUUCCUAUUGAAAAGCCACAUUAUGUCAAGUGCAGAAUAUUGACUUAUUCAAAUUAUAAAAAACGCCAUACAAUCAAAUGGAAUGUUGCCGUGACGCCGUCUGGUCUUAUAGUACAUGUCAGUAGCAGUUAUGGAGGCUCGGUAUUCCUGGUACGCAAGGAUUACAUAAAUGAUGAACGGAGGUCUCUCAGUCUCAUAGUAACCAAGUGA